AUGACGAUAAAUAGAAGAAUGUCAUCUUCUAUACAAUAUCAAGAUUCAGAGUUUGAAUUAAAUGCCAUUGAUCUAGAAAAAAAUCCCAAAGAUAUAAAAACAAGUCAGAAUACAUCACAAGAUUAUUAUUACUUAGAUGUAGAUUCCCACGCGUCAGAAGAAGUAGUAGAAACAAAAUUAUCAUUCUUCAAUAGAAUAGCAUCACAAUUAAGCGCCGAAACAAAGGGUAUAGAACCAAUAACAGAUGAAGAGAAAACUGAUGGAUCGUUAAUCAACGCGGCUUCCAUGUGGUUCUCCGCUAAUUUAGUCCUUCCGGCUUUAGCCAUCGGUGGACUAGGUCCAUUAGUCUUCAGUUUGAAUUUCGGCACUUCUGUAUUGGUUAUUGUCUUUUUCAAUAUCUUAGGGUUAUUACCUGUCGCAUUCUUCUCUCUUUUCGGUGCUGAAUUAGGAUUAAGACAAAUGGUCUUAUCUCGUUAUCUAUUAGGGAACAUUACAGCUAGAAUAUUCGCAUUAAUUAAUUCGGUAGCUUGUGUCGGGUGGGGGAUCGUUAAUACUAUUGCCUCCGCACAGUUAUUAAAUAUGAUUAAUCAAGGUCCACAUAAAUGUCCAUUAUGGGCAGGUUGUAUAAUCAUCAUUGGUGCAACUGUCUUAGUGACAUUUUUCGGUUAUCGUGUUAUUCAUACUUAUGAAAAAUGGUCAUGGGUCCCAAAUUUUGCUGUGUUUUUAGUCAUCAUUGCACGUUUAAAGAUGUCAGGUAACUUUAAAGGUGGUGAAUGGACUUCGGGCCCAACUACUGCUGGUGAAGUCUUAUCUUUUGGAUCUUCUGUCUUCGGGUUUGCUUCAGGUUGGACUACGUAUGCAUCCGAUUAUACUGUAUAUAUGCCAAGAGGUUCCAAUAAAUUUAAAAUUUUCUUUUCGUUAGUGGCUGGAUUAUCUUUCCCAUUAUUCUUCACUAUGAUCUUGGGUGCCGCCUGUGGUUCAGCUGCUGUUAAUAACUCUGUAUGGAAUGAAUAUUAUCAAAGCAAUGGUAUGGGUGGGUUGACCUAUGCUGUCUUAGUUCCAAAUUCUCUUCAUGGAUUUGGUCAAUUUUGUUGUGUUCUAUUAGCUAUCUCCACUGUCUCGAACAACGUUCCAAACAUGUAUACUAUCGCUCUAUCUGUUCAAGCUAUUUGGGAACCAUUUUCUAGAGUUCCAAGAGUGUUUUGGACCCUUUUCGGUAAUGCUGCAGCUUUGGGUAUUUCAAUUCCAGGCUGUUAUUAUUUCGCCGAAUUUAUGCAAUACUUCAUGGAUUCCAUCGCUUAUUAUUUAGCCAUUUACAUUGCCAUUGGGUUAUCCGAACAUUUCAUCUAUAGACGUGGUUACAGUGCGUACAAUGUUGAGGAUUGGAAUGAUAAUUCUAAAUUACCAAUCGGCAUCGCUGGAUGCUGUGCGUUAGUUGUAGGUGCAUUUGGUGUCGGAUUAGGAAUGAGUCAAUCAUAUUGGACAGGUGAAAUUGCUGCGUUAAUUGGUGAGUUUGGUGGUGAUAUUGGGUUUGAAUUAGGUGCUAGUUGGGCAUUCAUCACUUACAAUAUAAUACGACCAUUGGAAUUAAAAUAUUUUGGGCGUUAG